CACAUCCUCUGCGUUUCAACACACCAAUGCUAACGCUAGGCUAAAGCACCUAUAGCCGUUGUGUCGUAGAUUGCUGUUUGAGGCUUUAACCUGCGAAGAAAUAGUCCUGGCCUGGGCAGAAGACCUCGUUCCAUUUUUCUCGUAUUUGUCUGGGAUGUAUGGAUGGAUAGUUGACGGAAUAUCGUCUCUGUUUGAACCCGUUACCGGGCAAGACCACACCGAGUGGCCCGCGAGAAGUAGCGGCAGUGGGGAAGGAGCACGGCGGCAGGACAGCCAAGGAAGACCGGCUAAACGGAAUUACAAGAGUGUGCAUGUCGCAGAUAAUAUUCGUCAGAGUGACCCGGUGGAGGCAAAACGACGCAAAAAAGAUGUUGUGGUCAGCUUUGUGAAGAAGACUGUAGCAGGUUUAGCAGGUCUACUGAGGCUGAAGAAACCGCUGUCAGGAAGGGGUGAAAAUCCCGGCAGCCAUGAAGAAACACAUCCUAUCACUUUAAUGGGCAUAGACGAGCUUCACACUUCAUGGCUAAACGGUACUGACUGGAAAAUGGAUAAAGCUGUAGGUGGGGUGAAUGACAUGAGUGCUAAGAAUCCCUUCCAAAGCUCUUUACCUCCUUUAAUAAGGAAAUGCAAUGGAACAACGCUCCCUGCUGCACUCCCAGAUAGAGGGAAAACCUGGGGGAGGAGAGCCUCCCUUCAGCUACUGCCUUCAAGGCCUGCUCUCAGAGUGGGAACUACUAAUCCCGAACCGAUUUAUAAUGGCUGCGGACACAACCGCUGCUAUAAGCCCAGUCUUACUGUGGAAGAGGCCAUAAAGCAGAACAACAAGGAGCACUACAGACGUUUACUGGAGAUGGUGACGGAGAAAUACAGCAAAAGCCAACCCCUACCCUUCAACCAAGCUAAACCACAUGAUGAGUCGCUGUUACAAGUUCCUCACAAGACAUCUGCUUCAGAGAGAACCUUUGACUCGGUCUCGAGGAGGGUGGUGUGCACAGCUGCACCAAAUGUGUUUACAUACAGAAAUACUACUGCAACUAAGGACAGGUGGGGAGGCCUAAGUUUUAAUAAGUCACACAGUGAAGAGGAAAUACAACCUGUUAGAUAUAUAAAGACAAAAGAGACUGCAGAGGUGGACCUUUCUACAGAAGUUGCUACUCGCCUUAAUCUAGUGGACAGGGAUGCUUCUGCACUCAGCGUCAGUGAAACUCAGUCUGGUUAUGCCCCACAUGUAAGGCACAGCGAAGACAUACCCAGGCUGACCAAGGAAAUGGUCAUGGAGGUUAGUGAAGCUUUGGCUCAGAGAGACCCCAACCUCGUUUUAAGCGCAGCUUUCAAACUUCGGAUCACGCAGCGAGACCUAUCCACUCUACAGGAAGGUGGAUGGCUCAAUGAUGAGGUUAUUAACUUCUAUCUUUCCCUCAUCAUGGAGCGACGUUCCAGCGACAGUGGAAGGUUAAAGGUCUACACUUUUAGCACCUUCUUUUACCCAAAGCUGCGGGGUGGGGCAGGAGGACAGGCUGGAGGACAUGUGGCUGUGAAGCGCUGGACCAAAGCUGUCGACCUCUUUAUGUUUGACCUCAUUCUCGUCCCACUGCAUCUCGGUGUCCACUGGGCGUUAGCUGUGAUAGAUUUAAAGUUAAAAACAGUGAAAUCAUAUGACUCCAUGGGUCAGAGACAUGAUGACAUCUGUAAUCUUUUACUACUUUACCUUAAAGAAGAACACAAAGCAAAAAAAGGAAGGGAGCUUGACAGUGCCAGAUGGACUGUUGGAAGCCUGAAGGACAUUCCUCAGCAGAAAAAUGGAAGUGACUGUGGUGUUUUUGCCUGUAAAUAUGCUGACUAUAUUGCAAAGGGGAAGCCCCUCACCUUUAAACAGGGCCACAUGCCUCUCUUCAGGAAGUUAAUGAUGUGGGAAAUCCUCAAUCAGAAGCUGCUAUAGAAGAUUACAAUCCCAGGAGCAACAGCAACUACAUGUUGGUCUCACAAAGAAUCGUGGGCCAGAAACAUGAACUUUACUGCUUGAAAGAUAACCCAGAUAUUUGAAGCAAUCAACACUAGUCUUAACAUUAAUCAUGUCUCUUUUCUUACAAAGAGACAUAGACACUAUUUUGAAUCCAAGUUCUAAUUGGAGAUGUUUUGUUGAUGGAAAUUUGUGAUGCAAAAAAGUUCUCACUUGUGAUUAAAUGGCUUUUGAUUUAAUUUUUUUUUUUACUGCUUCAUAUAGUGCUCAAAGUGCCUUUACCCUCUUGUUGAGCUCAGUUUAGAGCACGCUUUAAGGAGGAUUUGUUUUUGUGUUUUUGCAAGUAUAAUUUUUGAGCAUCUUGGCCCAGAAUGCAGCGAUUCUCUCCUAAUGUAAUGUGGAUUCAUAGCUAAAUUCAUUGAAGGAUGUAAAGAUAAUUUUAUUUAGUCAAGAAACUGUAUUGUGUGAAAAUGGUGAAAUACCUCCUGUUUUGCCUUAUGUCCAGAGACAAUUUGCAUGUCUGAGAGCUUGCUGUAAUAACAUUUGUUAAACAUUAUUAUUUAUAAAUUGAUUGGAUGAAAAAUAGGUUGUUGUUUUUUUUUGAAUGCGUGUGUAAUGUUUUUCCCCCCAUAAUUGGACUAUGACUUUUGUUCACCCACACAUAGUGCAGGUACAAGGACUUAGAUUUUUGUAUACUUCAUAGGGAACUACUGUACAGGCAUGCAUGUUAGUCCUCAUGCUUAAAAUGUAAUGCCCCCUCCUGUAAUAAAGUGUUUUUUUUU